AUGUCCCUACGGCCUUGUCUAACACCAUCCAGCAUGCAAUACAGUGACAUAUAUAUACACCACACCCACACACCACACCCACACCACACCCACACCCACACACACCACACACCCACACACUCUCUUACAUCUACCUUUACUCUCGCUGUCACACCUUACCCGGCUUUCUGA